CACAGAAGACAAGUCCAUCCGCCCCCACUGAGCUCACAGAAGUGCCCCGGGGCAGAAUUGCGCACAGGCGCCGCGCGCUGAGCACGCCAUCGGGUCCGGAGAAGACAGACACGCCAAAACCACCGAUCUCUGUCCUGUCAUUAUAUGUACAGGCGGAAACAUGCCUGCAUUCCGCUGUCAGGGAAAGCGAAGAAAAUAACGAGACACGACUGAUUUGUUUUUUAAUAUUCCCAUGUUCCACAUGAGGGAGGUUAAGAUUGGAGAAAGCACUUGUGUACUAGUAUUGCUUUUGUCUGGGCUUGUGACGUGCUCGGGUGUUUUCAGAAGCCCUUUAACAGAUGAUGUUGCAACGCUGGAAACACUGAGUGGGAACAUUCCCAAUGACUACAGAAUACCUCUGGAUUUCAUUCCCAAGGACGUGGGUGGAGCUUGCUGGCUACAUCUGAACCUGUUUCCAGUUGAAAGCAGUUUAAAGGCACUAUCCCUCAAAUUUGACAACCUUUCCAUGAACAAAUCAAAUAUUACCAUAUUUCUAACCAUGCUGCAGGGCUUUCGUUUCACUCUGGAUAGAGAGGAGCUGGAGGUCAUCAUGCAAACAUUCAAUUGUCACUACAGAAGGGUUAAAUGGCCAACUAGACGGUACUUUGCCCAUGUUAAAGAGGUACUUACAGUGGCUGGGUCCACGCCUGGCGAGUUUCAUCACUGUGUGCCUCCUCCUUGCCAAACCCGUGCAGCCCCACCUUUCACACCAGGUCAAAGCAGACAGCAGAUUGGAAUGAAUGGAGCGAUUCGUGGGCUCUUUGCACUGUUCAUCAUCCCCAGUGUGGCAGUCCUGGUUCUUACUGUCAGAAUGGUAUUCAGAAGAGGAGGCUGUUGUCCACAAAGGAGGCAUGAAACAGCACUCAGUUUAGAUGAGCUCCACAACAGAGCUGCGGCAAGCGGCCCUGAGCCCGGAGAAAUGCACAUUCACACAGAGUCUCUCAGUGGAGCUGCACGAGGGGACCCUCUGCCCAGCCCUCACAGUCAACAAGACAGGGUGUGGCUGGAUUCUUUAGGGUCUGGAGAUACAGAGGUCUAAUCUAAAAUGCACGAGGGUAUCUAAGGAAACUGCAGUAUUUUUAACGGAAAUCUCUGGAUUUAUGAAGCGUGCAAUGAAGGAAAUGGAACAUUUGGAAUAUUGUCACUGUGCCAUGGGGCAAACAAGAGCAUUACAAAGGAAUUAUUUAUUAUAACACAAAACUAUGUAGACUUACUCAUCAAGCCUUACCUGCUAACCACAAAAACAUUGAGCCAAAGAGGCAAAUCACAACUUGUGUUGGGCUUAACCAAUCAAUGAGAGACUGUUACCACAGGAUGCCAUCCUAUUAAACAGCUAUGGGAAAACCUUUAUGACUUCACCCGGCAGGAAGUGUGGCUCUUUGAUGAGCGUGUUGAGUGGCAGAGAGGCAUUUUCUGCAAUGCCCGCGGCAGCCUGCUGGCUUUGUGGAAAGCCACUGGUCCAAUAGGCAUCUGAGCUGAAGAUAAAUGGCUUUUUUGUGCCGGCACCCCAAGGAUGGCGGUUUAUGUUGCACCACAAAACCUCUCCGAAACAGAGCACUUGCUUGUCUAGAAUGUAUUUGAUUUAGAGUAUGAAUAGCAGUUAUGAGAUUUUUGGUGUUUUCAAACUCAUUUAUUGUCUUAUUUGCGGAUACUGAUGGAAAGGACCCGGAAGCCAUAGAUCUAUAUCUGUAAAGAGAUUCUCUUCUGUAGAGAGUGGAUGUAACAUUGGGUCUCAUUUAUGAAUAAUCGCAUACAAGUGUUCUUUCUAACUUUAUGUGUGGAGAAAAGCUUCUGCCAGAUUCACAACAGUAUUCUAUAUAAGAGAGAGUGUAAAUAAUUAUUAUAAUACACAUACAAACAAUCUCCAUUUAAGGGUGCAGAACUGCCGCUCAAUGGAUGUUUUUGGCACCAUUCUGAGUAAACUCUAGAGACUAUUUUGUGUGAAAAUCCCAGGAGAUCAGCAGUUACAGAAAUACUCAAACCAGCCCGUAUGGCACCAACAAAUAUGCCAUGGUCCAAAUCAUUGAGAUCACAUUUUUUCCCCAUUCUGAUGGUUGAUGUGAACAUUAACUGAAGCUCCUGACCUGUAUCUACAGGAUUUUAUGCACUGCAUUUCUGCCACACAAUUGGAUGGUUAGAUAAUCGCAUAAAUACAUAGGUGUCCAUGUGUUCCUUAUAAAGUGAGUGUAUACAUAUAUAUUUUGUUUUACCUAGCAUCUCUUGUGUUCUAUGGAAGAAAGUCAAAGGGGUUUGGAAUGAUAUGAGGGUGAGUAAAUGAUGACAGAAUUGUAAUUUUUGGGUGAACCAUCCCUUUAACGCAUUCCAUGUUUUUAAGUCCAAAAGGUGUGUGUGUGUGUGUGUGUGCGUGCGCGCGCGCGUGAGGUUUGGGUUGGUUCUAAAUCUUUUCCUAAAUUAAGAAAUAUUGCAAGUGCAAAUUUCUGAAAAUGUUAGCACACAGGUUUUGCACAUAUAGUGAGUGUCUUUACACAGUGACGUGAUGCUAACCAAAUAUUUGUACAUUAGGCCUUGGUUAUGUGUGUGUUUGAUCCACUUAGCUUUAGUUUUCUAAUAUGUGCAAUGUACAUAAUGUAUACAGUAUAGACUUACAUUCUUUUUCACACCUUCAUGACACCUUCCAAGACAUCUCUGUCCCUCUGUGAAUGGUCUGCAUUUCAGCUCAUGAGUCCAUGUGUGUUUCCAAACACAUUCUAUUAACUAAUUUUGGCCAUGUACACACAUAAAAACAUGCUGGCACACUCUGGCAGCACAACAAAAGCUGCUUGUUUUCAUGACAAUAUGAGGAGACCCAGAGAGCAUGAGAAAGGAGCUCACAUGAUAGACAUGUAACAUCAUUAUGGCUCAUAACCCAUAAUUCAUUCUUACUUUAUAUAGCAUCACUCUCUCAUUCUCUCCCUGUGUCUGUUUUUCUGCUCACUGUUGCUAAACAAGAGUUAUGUAAUGACAUGAACGCAAAGGCUAACUGUAUAAGAAUAUAACUGUAUAUCAGAAUAGGAAAAAACACUUUUUUUAAGGGAUAGUUCACUAAAAAAUUUAAACUGUCUUCAUUUACUCACCAACUUGUCCUUACAAAUGCAAAUAAAUGAUUUGAACUGCUCUUGCUUAUACAGUGAAAGCAUAUAGUGACCAGGGGAUGUCAAGCUCCAAAAAGAACCAAAAGUUACCAUAAAAGUUUAAUUAGGUUUAAUGUCAAUGAUGACACUGGUUCUAUCUGGAAGACUUGC